GCGCCUUCUGGAUUUCUUUGCCCUUGCAAUUGACUCUUUCCCACUAUAAACAUCUCCUGGACCCUUUUUCACUACUCUGCUCGCGUAUCAACAAGAUAUCAAAACUUUAGACCACCGCCGCGCCACAGAGCAACACCGCAACUAUGGACGUUAUUUUGGAGGUUCUCGACACAUACGCGUUCGAUCGACUAUAUGCGACCGUUCUGCCCUUGACGUCGUCAAUGCUCGCCAUGAGCACAGUCGGCGACUUUGCUGCAUCCCCCAAUGCCACCUGGUCGACCAUGGCCCGUGGUGGUGUUAGCCCCUACAAAUUCGAACCUGCAAGCCAGUACUUCUCGGUGGAACCUAGCUCAUAUGCAUACAUGAGCCGUUUGCCGCGAGACAACAUGGCGAGACAGGCUGUCAGCUUGUUCCUUAUCACAUGGAUCUUCGGUCUGCUGAACUACUUCAUCUGUGCCGGCCUCUCAUACAUUUUCGUUUUCGACAAGACGACAAUCCACCACCCCAAGUUCUUGAAGAACCAGAUGAGCCUCGAGAUCCGUCAGGCUCUUUCAGCCAUGCCCGUCAUGUCCGCCCUCACCGUUCCUUGGUUCCUCGGUGAGGUCCGCGGUUACUCCAACAUCUACGACGUACUGCCUGAAGGCUCAUCGUGGAACCUUGGUGGCUGGUACUUGCUUCUCCAGUUCCCCUUCUUCGUCUGCUUCACCGACUUCUUCGUCUACUGGAUUCACCGCGGUCUGCACCACCCUAUGGUCUACAAGAAGCUGCACAAGCCCCACCACAAGUGGAUUAUGCCCUCGCCCUUCGCCUCGCACGCUUUCCACCCUCUCGACGGCUACGCUCAAUCGCUACCCUACCACGUUUUCCCAUUCAUCUUCCCUCUUCAAAAAUUCGCCUACAUUGCUCUUUUCAUGUUCAUCAACGUCUGGACUGUCAUGAUCCACGAUGGCGAGUACGUGGCCAACAGCCCCAUCAUCAACGGCGCCGCCUGCCACACCAUGCACCAUCUGUACUUCAACUACAACUACGGUCAAUUCACCACCCUCUGGGACCGUCUCGGCGGCAGUUACCGCAAGCCCAACGACGAGCUGUUCCGUCGCGAAACCAAGAUGGGCCAAGCCGAGUGGCAACGCCAGGUCAAGGAGAUGGAGAACAUUGUCAAGGAAGUCGAGGGCGACGAUGAUAGAAGCUACGAGCCCGAGACCAAGAAGCUCAAGUAGAUUUGACUUCUUACUUCUUUUUCACGACACUUUUGGGCUGGCGCUACUACUUUCUGGAUUCUUCCUUCCUUCUUCAAACAUGGCAUUGGCAUUAGGCGUCGAGAAUACUCCUCCUAUACCGCCUUCUUCUGCAUUCCUUCACAUCUCAUCUAUAGACUUUUUUCCCUCACAAUUUCGAGCGAGGCGCGAGUACCUUUUUGAAUAAGGACGGCCCUCAGUAAUAUCAUGCUUCUGCCUCCAUCGAGAGAGAAGAGCAUAAAUGCAACAAAAAGCAAUUC